AUGGAGCAGUUCCUGAUCUUCAUAUCCGGCCUGUCCACACCUCGAUGGAUCUUGCUAACCCUCACCGAGUGGAAAUUCUCCAAAGAGGGCUCCCUCGCGGAUGAAGAGAAAAAGGUAGUCCCUCAAGUCAAAGAGACAUCCAAUGUGCUUCUCGUCUCAAACAUUGUCGACUGGGACCGCCCCGACGACCCUGGAAAUCCAAUCAACUUCCGCAGCUUUAUCAACUUCAUCAAUGUGAGAAUCAUUAGCACGCUGACAUUCAUCACCACGCUGGCAUCUUCGAUGUUUGCUCCCAGUAUCCCCGAGCUUAUGGAAGAAUUUCAUAGCUCGAGUACACUGUUGGCCGGGUUCGUGGUGUCAGUUUAUGUGUUAGGAUUCGCCGUUGGACCGCUCAUCUUGACCCCAGCCUCGGAGCUCUUGGGACGAGCCAUUGUCUAUCACAUCUGCAACAUCGGAUUCACUGUGUUCGCUGUUGCGUGUACAACAGGAGGAGACACAAUUGCGGAUCUCAUCAUUCAGGAAAAGCGUGGAGGUGUCAUCGCCAUCCAUGCCCUUGGUCCUGUGCUGGGCCCCGUCAUCGGCCCUGUAGCAGGAGGCUAUCGUACCGCGGCCAAGGGCUGGCGCUGGGUCUUCUGGGUGCUCACCAUGAUAGGUGGUUUCUGUACAAUCACCUCGCUUUUGUUCCUACGUGAAACAUAUCCGACAGUCCUUCUCAAGCGCAAAAUGCAACGCCUCAUUAAGGAAACUGGUAGAACGGACCUCCGCUCAAAACGAGACAACGGACUCUCUACUCAGCAGCUGUUUAUCCAAGCCAUUCUCCGCCCAUCCAAGAUCCUCUUCUUGUCACCCAUCGUCCGCAAGCUCAAUUUAGGUGGGGAUUGUGUACAGAUACCAGUAUCUGAUGUUUUCAACCUUUACCUACGCCUUGAGGACCAAUACGGGUUUCCAACUAAAUCCUCUGGCCUGACCUUUCUCGGAAUCGGCGUGGGCUCACUACUUGGGCUCUUUGUCAUUGGCGCAGUCUCCGAUCGGAUUCUCAAGGCCAAUUCUAAGCCCACCCCGGAGUCUCCAUCGGGUACCAUGAAGCCGGAGUACCGUCUGCCCCAACUUGUUAUCGUGCCGAUUAUCGGUACCGCACUAGUUGGAAUAGGUAACAUUGCCGUUUUUAUGUGUAUUACUACUUAUCUGAUCAAUGCGUUCACGAUAUAUGCGGCUAGCGCCAUAGCUGCAAGCACGGCGGUGCGCUGUAUUAUGGGCGCAUUGCUACCCUUGGCGGGACAGAGCAUGUACCAGUCAAUGGGGCUGGGGCGGGGAAAUAGUUUGUUGGGGUUGAUUGCAGUAUUGUGCAUUCCGGUUCCAUGGGCGCUGAUGCGGUAUGGAGAGAUGAUGCGGACAUCAUUUGAUGUGAAUAGACUAUAA